ACUAACUCAUUCUAUUCGAGUUUCGUUCUGUAUAUAUUUACUUAUGUAUACGGAUUUAUAUUUUAAAAUAAAGGGCUUCUACUAAAUACAGUAUUUGUUUAUUUUUAAAGUGUCACUACAUUAAUUUGUCUAAAUUUAAAGUAAAAUAAAUAGGAAAAAAAUCUGAUUAAAUAUGGAUCAUUUAUCAACUACAGAAAAUGAUGAUGUUCGAAGAGAUGAUAAACCAGAAAAAAAUAAAACUGAAAGUAAUGAAGAAGAAACUGAAUUGAAUAGUAAUGAGAAGGAAGAUGAUAAAUUGGAAGAAGAAGCUGAAAUGAAUGACAAUAAUAAUGAAAAUAAUCAUAAAUUGUUAGAAGCAGAAAUUAAUGAUGAUGAUGAGAAAAUUAAGGAACUUGAAUCUGGAAUGAAAACAGAUAAAGUAGAACAAGAAAUAGAGCCCGAAACAAAUAUACAAAUGAAAAAUCAAGAAGUUGGAAGAAAAGAUGAUGACAAAAUAAAAAUUGAAGAAGAAGAAAAAUUGUUUCUGGAAAUAGAUGAAACUGACUUCAAAGAGAAUGAAAAGACUGAACAAGAAGAAAUAAUAAAAGUUGAAGUACAAAUGACAGAUGUGCACCAUGAUGAUAAAGGAGAACGUAAAGUGGGAUUCGUGAUUCCUCGUCAGUCCUUGGAAGAAAUAAUAAUAGACGAUAAAGAUACUGUUUCAUACAAAGAAUUAGAUCGGGAAUUUCAGCUAUCAAAAAGUAAAUUAGAUAAAAGUUUUAGUUGGAGUUUUCGAUCGGAAAAAGAUUUAGAACAUGCUGAUGUUGGAAAGAUUGAUGUUAUUGGUAUUAAACCUAAAAUAAUGGUUGAAAUGCUAUUAGAAAGAAAACAAAGACCACAAUAUGAAAAUUCAUAUCAAAUUGAUAUACCUUAUAAAUUUGAAGUGGAGAAAGUAACUGCUAUAUUAGAGAAACAUUUAACUACUUCUCUGUCUGGACAGACAUAUGAGUGCAACGUUGCUUGUAAAAAGGCAAAAAAGAUAUCCCAUGAUAUAUUGAUUGAAGUGAAAAGUCUCAAAUAUAUAAGACACAAAAUAAUAAGUGUUGUGACCGUUGGUCAGAAAGCUGAUCAGUCUCUUCAUAUGAUUAAUGGGAAUUUAUGGAAUACUAAUUUUGAUAAUUUUGCAACAUAUAAAUUUGAAAAUCAUAAUUUGUUUGCUGUUGCAGCAGUUUUUGCUUUGCAUUACGAAUAAAAAAUUUAACUAUAAAAAAAUAAUGUUACAUAUAAUAUAUAAAUAUUUAGAAAUAAAACUACACAUGAAUUUAGAUUAUGUCGUUAU